UCUUGGUUUUCAUCACGUCCCUUCAGGCUGUGGCCAUGAUGCCUUUUCCACAGCUGUGGGCGGUCUGCUUCUUCAUCAUGCUCCUUCUCCCUGGCCUGGAUACACAGACGGCCUUCGUUGGCUCCAUGGUGAAGUACGAACCCCUGACCUACAACCGCACGUAUGUGUCCCCAGGCUGGGUGCACGUGCUGGGCUGGGUGAUGGCCUUCCUCUCGAUUCUAAUGGCUCCUGUGGUGGCUCUGUUCUUGCUGGGGACUAGGAAAGGAAAUCUUAAGCAGUGCUAGGUUCACUGGUGUCGCCCAGCAGAUGAUUUACCUUUGACAAGGAAACAGAGGAGUCAGCUUCGAAUAUGACAUCAAAUGACGAGCCUGACGUUCUGGUCAUGGAAAAUAGAGAGGAGCACUGACGAAAAAUAGUAUUUAAAAAUGCACCCCAGUCCCGUGUUUUUGAAUAUUUAUGUUGACUAGACUCGAGCAUACACUGGGGAGUGAUGUGUACAUUACAAGUGCUCUUUAGUUUUUGUUGUCCAAGACCGAAACCUUUUGUAGAACUUCUAUGACUAAAGCUAAGACUAAAAUACUUUUUGUUAUUAGACAGGACAUUCUGUUUAUUUUUUGUGUUUCGGAAGUGUGUUGCAUUUGUUCAUAUUUUAGGGCCUUUUUUUAAGAUUGCAAUAUUAUUACAACUACUGUUAAGAAAUGCAACCUUUAGGAAUCCAAAUGAUUUAGAAUGUUAUUUUUACACUUUAAUGAUAAGAUUAUAAAUUUUCAUCAAUGCAGUUAAUGAUAGUUCAUUUUUAAUAACUGUUAAAAUCACUAAAAUAAAUGUGGUGGUAAAGUAAAGGCCACAUCUGCUCAA